AUGGGUCCCUCACGGCUCUCCAAAACCCUUCAAGGCUUAACUGUGACAGGCCUCGCAUCCGUCGGCGCAUUUUUCGUAUGGACGAAACACUGCCACUUCACGCCAGCAGAUCAAUUCACCCCAUCGACAGAACCACUGUUCCAGAGCACGUGGUAUAAGAAGUUCAACCCAUUCCAGAACCCUACGACACAUGAUGAAUGUGUGCGACGGCUACCUCUUUUCAAAAUCCGUCCAGACCUAGUCGAGGAUGCCCACAAGGGAGGGUCUAAACUGGUCGAAGCCUUCAGUCAAGGAAUCUGGGGCGGUCCAGGAUAUACCAUUCAAAGGCUAUACUUGGACCGCAAAUGGCGAAACAACACCACAACAGCCCACCAGCUGUGGGAUCCACAAGAGCUGAAAGCUUCAACCUAUGACAAGGGCACCGAGAUAACAGACCAUUUCGUCGUGCUAGACAAGACUCCUACGUCGAUUCUCAUCCGGUGUGGAGACUCCCCGUUGAAUAACCCAGACACCAACAGACCGAGUGAUGGAUUAUUUGAGAUCAGCGCAACCACGGACUUUGAUAAUGGCUUUGCGGAGUUUAGGCUCAAGAGCAUCUUCUACCAGGGCGAUCCUGAGGUCAAGGACAAGACGAGUGACCCAAUGCCCUCAACUAUGGUCUAUUUACACCAGCUUUACACGAAAUUAUGGAUGGAGAGUGCCAUUGGACACGUAAAACAAUAA